CGUGCAGCGUCUGUGUCAACCUGCCACAGCGGAAGUGAAAUCUUCAGAAGAAAUAGUGGCUAGAUAAAUAAGCAUGGUCGGUGUUUUAGUAUUGCACUUUGUAAAUAUUUCCUACUAACAAAAAUGAAUGUUUUUAUGUGCGUCGUGGUGUUUCUCGUAAGUGCCAUAGCUGCAAACAAAAGCGGAGACGAUGACUGGGUGCAUCUGCCAAAUAAAUGUGAAGUGUGCAAAUUUCUUAGUAUUGAGAUGAAGUCUGCAUUUGAAGAGACUGGCAAAACAAAAGAAGUCAUUGAAACCAACUACCGCUUCAUGGAUGAUAAAGGUGCACCGCCAAUCAAAUACGUCAAAUCUGAUAUUCGUUUCAUAGAGGUGAUGGAGAACGUUUGCUCAAGGAUUAUGCAGUACAAUCUACACAAAGAUCGAACUGGAAGUAAUCGCUUUGCAAAGGGUAUGUCUGAGACAUUCUCUACCUUACAUAACCUGGUUAAUAAAGGUGUGAAGGUGGUCAUGGACAUUCCUUAUGAGCUGUGGAACGAGACCAGUGCAGAAGUGGCUGAUCUCAAAAAACAGUGUGAUGUGAUGGUAGAGCAGUAUGAAGAAGUCAUUGAAGACUGGUAUAAAGGCAGCCAGGAGGAAGAUCUCACCACUUACUUGUGUGAAAAACAUGUGCUGAAAGGACAAGACACUGAAUGUCUUCAAGAGAAAUGGACUGGGAAAAAGGGAGACACGGCAGCUAUCGCAGAGGACAAGAAGAAAAAGAAGGGCAAAAAGAAAAAGGGUAAAGACAGCGAGGAUGAGCAGAAAAAGGAGAAAAAGGUAAAGAAGAAGAAGAAGAAAAAGUCCAAGCUGACUGACACGGAGACCAGAAAAAGGAAAACUGAAGAAGCUGGAAACACCUCAGGUGAGGAGGAGAUCCAGAAGAAAGUUUCUCUGAAUCAGGAUAAAACUGAACUCUGAUACAUUUCUUUGCUUUUUUUUCUGUGCUUGAUAUCUAAAUUUACUACUGACACCGAAAUAAAGAUUGAGUUUUAGUCUGUUAGAAGACUGUAAUGCUGAGGUCCUCAUUUUAGAUCAGAUUUUGCAUGUCACUUGAAUGUUAGAUCAACUCCAUCCAGGAACAAGCUAAAAACAAAUGCCAUUUCAAAUCCAAAAAUGGCAGCUAGACCAGUCAAAUCAGAGCUUGGAUUCAAAUGUUUGCUUGUUUGUUCUCAUGCUGGUUUCACGCUGGAAAAAUUGUAAACAAGCUGAAAUCUUCCCGAAGCUGGCAUGCUGUUGGAAUGGAUUCUGGAAAUCCUUCUUAUGGUUCUCAUUUCUAUUCCUCAUCUCAUCUCUCUGAUUUUUUUGCCCCUAAAAUUUAGUUUAGGUUUCAGGUUAAAAUUUUAUUUAGUACUGUUAUUUUUAAUUGCUAUAAAUUUCGUAGUAUAGAUGAUCACUCAUGGAUUCCAAUAAAGAAAUACAUACUUUGAGCUAUUCUCAGUAUUAAUAUAAUUAUGCGGUACAUAUUAGAUUUUUACCUGUUUCUGUAUAGGAUAAUAUUUUUCCUAAAUUUUA